CACCCAGAAACGAGCCCUCUGAUUGGCUGGCCCCGCAACGUCCCGGCCGCGUGCGCCGGCCGUGCCCGGCGCGCCUGCGCAGAGCCCGGAAAAGCGCGGAGUCACUGCCGCCGGGAGGGGGGAGUGGCUUCGGCCGGCAGUUGGAAAGCCCGCGAAACGCUUCUUCCGGCGGGCGCUGCGGGCAGGAGGAAGGGGAGGUGCUCCCGCCCUGGGCUCCGCCUCCUUUCCGUGCCAGUACCGGAGUUCCACGCCGCUUUCCGGCUCAGGCCUCAGCCCCGCCUCCGUCCGAGGGCCUCCUCCUCGCCCCAUCUGCGUCUCCGGGUCCCCAGCCGCCCGGGACCCCGCUAUGUGGUCCCAGGCCCCCUCCCGCCAGUCUCCGCCCUUCCGCUGGGCUCCGCUUUCCGGCCCGCCUUAGCCGGCGCCGCGGGCCCGGCCCGCUCCCCUCACGGGGGAAGGAGUCUCGCGAGGCGCCGGCCAGUCCCGGCGGCGCGGGACUACAUUUCCCAGCUGGACGGCGGCGCCGCGGCUGCGGUCAGGUGACCGGGCCGCCUGACUCGCACCGAGUCCGGCCCGGCGGGCGGGCGGGGCGGCGCGGGCUCUGCGUCCUUGGCUCCUGAUCCCCCUGGCGGCCCUCCACCCGGCGGCGGCCUUCGUGCCGGGCUCCUCCUCCCCGCCGGCCCCCGGGGAUGCGCUAACUGCCCGCGGGGAGCGCUUCGCCCCAAGCCGGAUUCGGAUGCGCGGACCGGAGGGCGACAGCCUGGCUCCUGGCUCCUGGCUCCCGGCUCCGGGCCCCUGGCUCCUGGCUCCGGGCGCCUCCGCUCGCCGCCUCUUCACCCCGGGGUUGGCGGUGGGUGCGCCCCGAGGAGAGCUGACUGCCCGGGGCUGCGGGCCUCCGGCCGACGGGCGCCAACAUGUCCCCGGAAUCUAAAAAGCUCUUCAACAUCAUCAUCUUGGGGGUCGCCUUUAUGUUUAUGUUCACCGCCUUCCAGACUUGUGGAAAUGUGGCGCAAACUGUCAUCCGGAGCUUAAACAGCACGGACUUCCACGGCAGUGGGUACACCAGCAUGGCCAUCAUUUACGGCGUGUUCUCCGCCUCGAACCUGAUCACGCCCUCCGUGGUGGCCAUCGUGGGCCCCCAGCUGUCCAUGUUCGCCAGCGGCCUGUUCUACAGCAUGUACAUUGCCGUUUUUAUCCAGCCUUUCACGUGGUCCUUCUACACAGCCUCUGUGUUCCUCGGCGUUGCAGCUGCUGUGCUGUGGACAGCCCAGGGCAACUGCCUGACCAUCAACUCGGACGAGCACACCAUCGGGCGGAACAGCGGAAUCUUCUGGGCGCUCUUACAGUCCAGCUUGUUCUUUGGAAACCUCUACAUAUAUUUUGCUUGGCAAGGGAAAACUCAGAUAUCAGAGAGUGACCGGAGAACCGUGUUCAUCGCCCUGACGGUGAUCAGCCUGCUGGGGACGGUUCUGUUCUUCCUCAUCCGGAAGCCGGCCUCCGAGAACAUCCUGGGGGAAGACGAGGUUUCCGAUGACCAGGACCUGGAAGUCAGCGAGUCUCCCCGGAACAACCUGACCAAGGCCGUGGAUGCGUUCAAAAAGUCUCUUAAAUUGUGUGUCACCAAGGAGAUGCUCCUCCUCAGCAUCACAACGGCCUAUACAGGUCUGGAGCUGACGUUCUUCUCCGGGGUGUACGGGACCUGCAUCGGCGCCGUGAGCAGGUUCGGCGCGGAGGAGAAGAGCCUCAUCGGGCUGUCCGGCAUUUCCGUCGGCGUCGGCGAGAUCCUGGGCGGGAGCCUCUUUGGCCUCCUGAGCAAGAACAACCGCUUCGGACGGAACCCGGUGGUGCUGCUGGGCACACUGGUGCACUUCGUGGCCUUCUACCUGAUCUUCCUCAACAUGCCCGCGGACGCCCCCAUCGCCCCCCUCGAGGGCACCGACAGCAGCGCCUACAUCAAGUCCAGCAAGGAAGUGGCCAUCUUCUGCAGCUUCCUGCUGGGCCUGGGAGACAGCUGCUUCAACACGCAGCUGCUCAGCAUGCUGGGCUUCCUGUACUCCGAGGACAGCGCCCCCGCCUUCGCCGUCUUCAAGUUUGUCCAGUCCAUCUGUGCGGCCGUGGCGUUCUUCUACAGCAACUACCUUCUCCUCCAUUGGCAACUGCUGCUCAUGGUGAUCUUCGGCUUCUUCGGAACCCUGUCCUUCUUCGCGGUGGAGUGGGAAGCGGCCGCCAUCAUCGCCCGGGGCUCUGAUUACGGAAGCAUCUGACCCGGGAGGCCGUGCGAGGAGGGAGGCCGAGCCUCCACAGCAGCCACACGGCCCCGAAGGACCGCGCGUGGAAGGGCCACUUCCCCCCGAGGGGGCGGCUCAGUGUGGGAAGGAGGACGCAGCCCGCAGGCCUGCGGUGCUGAGGCGAGUUCACAGCCGUCCGCUCUAAAGCGAGGAUAGGAAGCUGGUUCUGCCGUUAGAAUCGUUUAAAGAUGUUGUUUUUCAGCCC